CACAACUUUUUCAUCGGAGGACCACAAUAUCUAUUUAAAAUGGCGACUUCUGUUAAUGAAAGUGCAGACUUUGUGAAGGACUAUUCUUGUGUUGUUUGCGAAAGUAAUAAUAUCGAAAUAAGUGCUGAUUUUUUUUGUGAAACAUGUUUGAAGUGUCUCUGUCAAACAUGCCUUUAUCACCACGAUCAAAUGUUUGUAAACAAUGUGACAUAUGGAAGAGGACAAUGAAAUAAAUGGCCUUUAACAAAGACAACCGAGAAUUUGCUACUGAAAUGUGAUAUUCAUAAGAGCAAGACACUUAAAUUGUUCUGCCAGGACCACAGACAGCUGUGCUGCUCUGAUUGUCUUUAUCUGAAUCACAGACGAUGUACGAAUGUGGCUCUCAUUUCUGAAUCAGACAACAAUCUGUCAGUGGAUAUCUGGCAGUUGUCAAACAAAAUUCAAAUAAUUAUUUCUGAACUAAAUAAGUUUAAGAGAUCACAAGAGGCCAGCAUUCAUUUCGUGGCGGGAUCGUACAGCGAAAAACUGCAAGAAAUCAGAGAGGUGCGUAAGAAAUUAAAUGCUGAUUUGGAUGGACUAGAACAUUCAAUUUUGAAAAAACUAGAUGAAAUAAGGAUAACAUUGCAAACCUCUCUAAAAAAAGACGUUGACAACUGCAUCCGACUGAAGGAUGAACUGCAACAACUCAGUCAAGCUGUACAGGACCUUUGUGAUAAGAGCAAGAAAGACAUUGAGUUCAUUGCCAGCAGGAAAUACUUGGACAAGGUACUCGAGCGUGAGUUAUAUCUGGAUGAGAACCCAAUGAAGGUUCAGCGUUCCAUGAUAUUCAAGGCAAACAUUGACAUUGACCAGUACCUGACUAAACAGUCUAGUCUUGGAAGGAUUCUCACACUCAAGAUGAAUCCAAACCAGGUGUUGACAGUGAAGAAGAAGUCCGAAUAUUAUGUGAACAUAUCAUUUGACAUAAGUCAGACUUGUUACACUAAUGGCAUUUACAGCCUGCCUAGUGGUCAUGUCGUCGUUACAGAUUACGCCAAUGCGAAAUUAAAACUUUUUGGCCAGCAUUACAAGGUGUCCGAUUACUGUGAUAUGGCUGAUUUUCCAUUGGACGUCUGCCAAAUUACAUCCAGUGAGGUUGCUGUUGCUCUUGGUUAUACCGGUGUGCAGUUUAUGUCUGUGAGCAAUAGGCAGCUGGUGUAUGGGAGGAAGUUACAGUUACCACAUGCUGCUUCCGACAUUGUCCACCAUCAGGGAGCAUUGUAUAUCACGUCUGGCCAUGCUCUGUACCACUACACCCUGACUGGGGCACUUGUGAAAAAGCUAUAUGAGAAUAUUUCAGAUAGCAUGACAGUCUGCAAAUGUGCAGUGAGUCUUACUGGUGACAGGAUCUAUGUCACCAACCAAGACUAUCACAAGCUCCUAACACUGGCCACAGAUGGCACCCUGCUAUCAACCUUCACUGACCCUGAACUAGAGGGGCCAACUAGUUUACGUGUAACACCUUCAGGACAAGUCAGUGUCUGUGGAUACUACUCCUACACUGUUAUAAAGGUGGAUCGUGAGGGGAGAAAGAAACUGGCCACUCUAGCUACACAUAAAGAGGGACUUAGCCUCCCUUCGUCUGUCUGCUACAACUCCAGCAGUCACCAGAUCAUCGUUGGAAUGCAGAAAAACAAUAAACUCAUUGUUAUGAAAUUGAAAUAGCGCUUCCAGUGGAACAACAUCUAUAUGAACAUGGUAUGAAUGUUAUUUUUAUUAUUAUGGAAGGGAAUAUCCGCCAGUCCAUGCAUGAUGUUAAAUGACAUUUUUAUUUUAACUACUGCCAUAUGCUUUCUGAUACAUGGUAUUUGCACUUUGCCUAGCUACAUUUGCUAUGCAAACACUUCAUCAUUGUCACAGAUUGAUAAAUUUAUAAUUACUUCAUAUAUAUCUUUACUUGGUGUGUCUUAUUGACAACUGCAGUUAAACUUUUUGAAUGUGUAUUAAUGCUUAUUCUAACGGCGUUCUAUGUUUUACUGUGUGCAUUUGGCUAUGUUGCUACUGAAUUUAACAAGUUGUUAAUAUCUUUGUGGAUCUAUAUUACUUCUAAAGUCGAUUGCUAGUGCGUCUUUGAUUUAGAAUUAGUCUUCGCUUUUGCAUUCGCCAUUAUAAAUAGUUCACAAUGCGAAAAGGGGAACCAGUAUUAAAAAAACUAAUUCCAGCGCAAAUUGCAGCGUAAAUUACUAUUGCCGGGAGAUCACUCUAAACAUCAAAAUCAAAAUCUCCGGUAUGAACCGUGAUACAUCGACUAUCUCUGGAAUCCUCCGUAAAAAGCGGUGAUAGAGUAAAUCAAAGCGCUGAAGGCACUGAAUUUGUUCGCUGUUGUAUAAUCUUAGACGCAACUCAGUUUUCAAAAUUAUGUUAUAGCUUUUUAUACCGCAAGUUUAAAAUGACCACAACCCAUUCAAAUUUAUAAAGAGUGUGUCUUAAAGCACAGGUCGAGAUGUGUGUGUGUUUUUUUUCGAAUAAUUGAUUCAGAUAAUCAGUGUGCACAGGCUAAUCUUAUUUGACAUGCAUUAAGCCCCGUUUUCCCUGAAAGCAGUCAAUAUGUACAGAUUUCAAUGAUUAACAUUAGACUGGCCAACGUUGUCUUACAAGCUGUUAAAUACACAUUAUGUAGUGUACCAGUGAGAACAGGCAGAUGAGGUGGUUAGAGCAAACGCUUUAAACACCAGAGAAGCAGUAUAAAAUGUCUACUUUUCAGUUGUACACUGUUGUGUAAACAGCAGAAAACAAAAAUGAUUAUUUUCAAAAUAUUUAAGUUUGUAUUCAAUAUUUUCCGAUGAAAUUUGGCAUGCAUAUACUUAAGUAUACAAACAAUAUGUAUGUGUAAUAUGGUAAUUGUAAGUUAUAUAGUUAUUGACUAACAGAAAAAAGUGUUUUGUUUUCUGCUUGACUUAAUGUAACAGGCAUUGCUUUAACAUUUGAGUCUGGCUCUGGGAAAAAUGGACUCAAUGCAUGUGCUCAAAAUGUUGUCUCAGAUUAGCCUGUACCGUCAACACAGGCUUAUCAGGGACAACACUUUCCUCCAGAAACUUUUUUAUGGAAAAAUUCCAUUUAGUGGAAAGUUCAUCACUGAUUUGCCUUGAUUAACACUUGACACACAUGCAUUAAGACCCAUUUUCCCAGACCGAGGCUCAAUUAUGGUGUUGCUGUGUGUCUUGUUAUGACUUUGGAUGAAGCCAUCCAUCAUGAAAUUGCGUGUCAACAUAAUCUUAAUACUGAAUAACCUUUUUUUUACAAUUUUAUUAGAAAAUAUAUGUAUUACAUGGCUGGUUAAAUAAAUAUUAGGAUGAAACACACUAUACAUAAACAUCAUCUGAAAACAAAAUAAUCCCUCUGGUCCUGUUGCUAGUGUAUCCCAAACAUACUGCUUAUGACUAGACAUAUGCAACUUUACCAUGAUCAUACAAUUGUUUUCAAAACAAUUUAUACACUGGUGCAAUAUAAGUUAAAAACCUACAUAUACAUGUGAGAUUGCAUUACUAUCUGGUUAUAUGUGAAUGCCUGGAUGCACAAUAAAAAAACUGAGUUUUAUUUGUUAAUUACAUAUACUUCAUCAUGGUUUUAUAAUUUGUGUAAAAUAAAUGUAACAAGAGCACCUCAUAGCGGGUGCCAAUGCUCGACUGUGGCUGCAGUUUUGAAUAAAUGACCUUGACCUUCUACCUAGUGACCUAAAAAUAGGUGUUGCGUGUAGAACUCAUCAAGGUGCAUCUAAAUAAUUAUGAAGUUUCAAAGUUGUAGGUGAAAGCACUUUGAUUUUAGAGCCUAUGUUAAAGUUUUAUAUUAGAGGUCACGGUGACCUUGACCUUUGACCUAGUGACCUAGAAAUGGGUGUGGCGUGUAGAAAUCAUCAAGGUGCAGCUACAUAUGAAGUUUCAAAGUUGUAGGUGGAAGCAGUUUCAUUUUAGAGCCAAUGCUUCGGAUAUUGGAUACAGAGCAGCCAAAAUUCUUAGCAAUAAAACACAUAGCACGCUCUAUUAUCAUUAUCAGAACAUUUAGACUGGUCCCUGAAGGUUUUUCUUAAGCUGCUUGUAGCUCCAGUUAAUCGGAUUCACCUCUGUGCUGGUGUCCCUCCCGGGUCUCGUCUAGCUCCUUCAACAGGUGGUCGUUCGUUGUAACCUGAGACCUGCAUUUACAGUAGGGAAGUGAAUGCAAAACAUUUGUCUUUUUAAGGUUGAAAUCAUUUAAUAUUUAGCUUGACUUAUGCAAGAGCUUAGGCCUUAUUAAGAAGCGUUAAGUAUAUGCAAUUGUAUUACUGAUAACUAAUAAUAGUUAUUGGCCUUGGAUUUAAGGGCAAAAACAAACAUUUUAAUUCCAUAGCUGAUACCAUAAGAGUUACCGGUAUAACCUUUGCAGUUUGGACCUGACUCAACUCGAUACACAUGUUUAUUUAUACAGUACUUAUUAGUGCCGUGUUGUUGAAUCUGAUUUUAUGUAUUGCAGCAAUGUUUUUACCCAAUUGGACAAAGGACGGGUACACUUGGGAAUUAUUGUUUUUAAUUCAAAAGUGUUUGAAAUAUCCUGAACUAUGGAACUCAAACCAUAAACCUUUUUAUAGUUAGCUGCUAAAAGCAUUUUUCCUCAUCAUUAAUUGUGAAGGGGGUUUCAAGAACAAAUUGAAAGUACAGGAAGGUCUUGUUAACAAUAAUUAGGAAGUAUUCAAUAAUAAAUGACUUCUUAAAGUUUGAAUUUUAAAAUAAGACGUUCAUGCAUGAAUAUUAUAAAACAAUAGAAAUCUUUACAUUAAAAAAGAAUUAAGGUGGUAUAAACUGUAGUUCCAAAAUAUCUAGCACAGGCCUCUUUUGUGAUGCCUACCUGAUUACACCAGGGUGUAAUAGUCCAGUGCUGACAUUGCCACAGUUCCUGUAUUUGCAUGUCCAUGCCUCCUUCUUGUAAUGUCGUGUGCAAAAAUUGCCUUUGCAGCACUAGUUCUACUGACAGAGGUUACUGGUGCAGGUGCAGCUGCUGGUAUUCUGUACUCCUGUCACUUGUGUUGACAUUCAAGAAAUCUGCUGCCUGCAUUAAAAGAGCAGCUGCUCUUUGCUGAUGGCUGAUAUCUGAAAAUGUAUUCAUGUGCAUUAUAUUUAUUUAUAAAAACAAGUCAUCCUUAUGUAGUUUAAUGAUAGAUUCGAGAGAUAGUAACUGUUACGUACGGUAGUCAGAUAUUCCACACUUGCUGAUCUAAGUUUCUACCCUUUUUUCUCAGAAAUAUGAUCUUAUCUGCUUUGAUAAUCUAAGUACCAUCUUUAUGGAAAAUCUUCUCCCCCCCCCCCUAUUAGUCUACAUGUACUAACACCUUGAUGUGUUUGUUUGUAUGGUGUUUAUGCCCGUGUAUUUAACUUCCAUUAAGGCAAAGAUUCACUUAAUUAUGCUUCCUGCGUUUCACCAGUACUAGGCUAGGGCUCUGCAGUCUCGCAAGAGGAAACUCCUAUGAAAAACAAUCAGCACAGCAUGUGUGGAUCGAACCCAGGACCUCUGAGUUACAAACCGUAAACAUUAACUUAGUCACUGAGCUAAACAUUAUAGAUUAUGCAAAGAAAAACAAGAUAGAUCUACCAUUUAAGUCUAUAAAAGAAAAAACUUCAUUUAAUGUGUCUGUUUGAAGACACCUGUUAGGUAACUGUUCAACUUAAACCCAAUUUGGUCAACUUAUACCUGUUUUUUGGUACCUAUUCAAAGUCAUCUCGUACCCAAUAAACAGAAAUAGGUGUAAGAUGGUCAACAUAUAUUGAUAAUAGUAUAAAACAGUAUUAGAAAUAUAAUCAUUCAAAAUGAAAAAGAGAAACCAUUUAAUUCCUCUAUAUAUGAAUUUCCAUGGAGAUAAACUAGUAAAAAACAAUUAAAAUGAAUAAUUUGAAUAAGAUACAAUUUUACCAACCUCUGUACGAUUAGAUUACAUAAAGACAGUGUUACGAAAAUAUGCGAUGAAAACAGUAUGAAAUUAAUAGUUAAAUUCAAACAGGCCAACAGUUAGACGUUUUGAUCAUCGUAACCCACCUUCGUUACAAUGAUACUAUGGGACGUUUGACGUGUAAAUCAAAACGAGAUUACGUCCAUUAACUUCAAAUAGACCUUAAUAACAAACUAAAUGACUAAUCAACUUUCGAAAUGGGGAUUACUUGUAAUCGUAUGCAAUUAACCUUAUAAAACAGUACAAUAAACAAGCAAACUUUACCUGAAUAACAACAGUGGAAAAUACGUUCGAAACGACGCGGUAGAGGUAUUCAUCUGGUAGAUAUAUAAUACAACACUGUUAAAAAUAUUAACCUUUUACGAAAACUACCGAUAACUACUGAAAACUCUGGUUCUCCGUCGUGUAUGAAUUCAGUAUUACUAAUGCAUUCGGCUUAAUGCAUUCGGCAUUCGGCUUACUUCAUGUGAGCUGCUGCCUUGUGCUUAUUCAUUUCGCUUAGUAGAACUUACAAAAAAUGCCUGUUUCUAGCAAUACUUAGUAUUGAUAUGAUACUAGUUCCUCAAAAAGAAGAUAGCCACACCCGUAAGCACAUUAACAAUUUAACAGAAAUAAUUAAUUUGUCAUUUACUCGAAAGAAUACAUGAUUUACAUACAUCGAGUAAACAUUAUAAAGAAGUAUGCAAGCAAUAUUUCACUAACUGAUAGAAACACGCAUAACGACGCAAGGAAGACGCAGUUAUUGUAUAACAAAUUAAAUAAAGCAAAAUGCAAUUGUCAUUAAGCAGUAUGCAAUUGUCAUUUAGCAAUAUGUAAUUUUCAUUUGGCAACAUAAAUGGACUGGCGGAUAUUCCUUUCCAUAACUAUUUCUUGGAAUUACGCAUUAAGUUUUACCACUUUAUAUCUAUGCCAGGAAAUGAACAUAUGCAACUUUUCUCCUUUUUUUGAGUAUUUAUAAACUUUAUUUUCAAAACGAAAUGUUUAAAUGCUCCUUAGAUUGUACAAUAUAUGACAAACAUCUAUGUUGAUGCUGAUGUGUUCUUUUGUCUGGCUUCAUGGCAGAUUUGCCACGUAAUAAAUCGUAUAAUUAAUACUCGGUUACACAUUUAUUAUGUUAAGUAAUUAUUGAGAUCUAUUCUUGUUUUAUCAUGUAUAUUUCUUAUUAAUAUGUUGCAUUAUCCCGUAGCAUUUUUUUAGAAAAAAAUUUGUUUAUUCAUUUAUUUAUGUUUUA